AUGUACACGGAGUCACACACCUACAGAGAGGAAAAGAAAAACACAAGAAAAGAAAAACAGCAACAACAGGAUACCAACAGCACACAAAGCACUCACAAUACAAUAAUCACAGCUGACACUCUCAUCAGAGAAAAACAUUCACCCACACCAGCACAUCAACUCAACCCCAAGAAGAAAAAAGAUCCACCACGUGAAGCCGAAGCGGAACAGUCUCAGUCCAUCUCCCCGCAGGCUGCAGUCACUCAAGCAAGCCACACACCACAAGGGCACAAAUAUGUUCGUGGCAAUGCCGUGAGUGACACCACCGAGAGAGAAGAUGAGAACAAAGAAAUGUGUUUUCAUUACGUGGGCGGUGUGAGUAGCAACCCCAACACACAAAGGAACACACAACAGAGGGGCACACUCAAACACCUACAACCCAUCGAUCUUUAUACCAAAAUAAAAAUGUAA